CAUUUCCUUACAGCUAUACAAACAGAAAUGUUAAUGAAAUUUAGUAUUUAUUGAUUAGGAUUGUCGUUUUGUUGCGCAAGCCGGCAUGUGGUUGAGAAAGACAAACAUCUGUGUGCUAUUUAAUCAAGAGUACCUCAAACUCAAGGGCAUGUACGCUUCUCAGUAUUUGCCGUUUAAACAUGCUCGUGUUUUUAGUUAUGUUCAGCAAUCGGUAGUUAACUCUCAACGCAACCACAUCACUGGAACAGCUGCUGCAGCAGAAGCAAGCUCAUUAAUUUACCAAAUCCUAAGCAAUGGAAAGAAAACUCUUGCAUUACGCCACUUAAAAGAGAAAUUAAAUGGCAAUGGAAUAUUGUGGAAUGAUCCAAGAUUAAAACAGCUUCACCAAAACAUUCAAGAUUGGCAAUCAAAUAAUCUUCAUCAUGAGAAUGAGACAAUUAACACAAGUAUCACUGCUGACACUUUUCUACAUUUUCUAAAAGACGAAGUAACUUUAAAGUUAUUCUGCAAAGUGUUUUCAAAAGGUUGUGUUAUUCCAAACUUUAAAAAGUUCACAGAGAUAAUUGCUGAUUGUUUUGAAACAGCUAAAAAAAGUCAACAUGGAAAGGUGGCCGAUUAUAUUCCUCAACUUGCGAAAGCCGACCCGGAGUCUUGGGGAUUGUCUAUUUGCUCUGUGGAUGGACAAAGGUUUUCAAUUGGUGAUGCAAAUGAAUCAUUUUGUUUACAAUCUUGUGUGAAGCCCUUUGUUUAUGCAAUCGCAGUCUCUGAUUACAGUUCUGAAAUGAUUCAUCGUUACAUGGGGCAGGAACCUAGUGGACUUUAUUUUAAUGCACUAAACUUGAAUACUGAAGACAAGCCACAUAAUCCUUUAAUAAAUUCUGGAGCUAUUGUUGUAUGUUCCCUUAUUAAACCAGAUCAGCUGCUAUCAGAAAGAUUUGAAUAUGUUCAAAAGUAUUUACGAGAUAUGUGCGCCGAUGAACAUGUCUCAUUUGACAACACUGUGUUUUUAUCUGAGAAGCAAACUUCAUUUCAAAAUUUUUCAAUUGCCUACUACUUGAUGGAGAAAAAUUGUUUCCCUGUGAAUACUUCACUUCGUACAACACUUGACUUCUAUCUUCAACUUUGUGCUGUAACAACUACUUGUCAAAGUGCUGCCGUUGCUGCUUCAACCCUAGCGAAUGGAGGUGUUAGUCCUUUGUUGCAAAACAAAGAUCGAUUGUUACAACCAGCAUCCGUUCGUAACACACUGUCAUUAAUGCAUUCUUGUGGAAUGUACGACUAUUCUGGAAAGUUUGCAUUUCAGGUUGGCUUACCAGCAAAAUCUGGUGUAGCAGGGGGGUUACUUGUUGUUAUUCCAAAUGUAAUGGGAUUUAUGUGUAGAAGCCCGCUACUGGAUGAUAAAGGAAAUUCUGUUCGAGGUAUUGAGUUCUGUCGAGAACUUGUGAGGACAUUCAAUUUUCAUACGUAUGAUGAUCUUUUACAUUCAGUAAAGAAAAAGGACCCAAGAAAACUAAACAGACUGUUAACAAGUGAUGAGAUGAGAUUAAGUUAUCUUUAUAAGGUAAUGUAUGAAUAUGAUUCCGAGACAGAUGAUAGCAUUCAGCAUGACUGAGCAAUCACCCAAAACAUUCUCUAAUGAAUACAAUCAACAGAUCUGUGCUGACCCCAAAACUUUUGAUUUGUUUUACCUUGCCUUUUGUAUCCAGCAUCCUUAUAUACACAAGCCAUUUAAACUUACCUGUCAAAUAAUUAGUAAUACCACCAUGUGUUUUGUAGACAAUUUGCACAAUUUUUAAUAUCACAUGGUCUCAUUCGUUUAAAAUUAUGUUAUGUUAAACCAUUUUAACAAGUGAUUGUAAUGGGCUAUUUAUUAAAUAAUUUAAAUUUUUAUUAAUACAGAAAUUAUGUAUACAUGGAGAGAGCUGCAUACAAUUAUUUUUUAUCACAUUUAUAAAGAAAUUACUUUCAGUUUCUUCGUGCUUAAUCAGCAACACCAAGACUGGGGCUUAAAACUAGUCCUAUAACAAUUUGUUACAGGUGUAGUGAUAUUUUUGUUUGUUAGUUUUUAAGUUCGUAAGUAGUGCUUAUUCUAGUCAAUAAAUAACAUGCUCAAUUUAGUUCUGCUAAAUUUAAAUUGAAAAAUAAAGUUUCAAAGUGUAAA